CGGGCUAAUUCAUGUUAUUUUUUGGUUCAAAAAAUCCGUUGAAAAAUUACUUAACAAGAAAUUACUGCAAAAAUUUCAUUUAAUUUAAUUCAUAUCAAAAUCAUCCAAUUUAGAGCUCUAGCUUAGCAGAUAUCAUUCACAACUUGAUAUAAAGGCAGUAAGGAUCAAAGAUGCCAAAUUAUACAGUAAAAGUUAAAUGGAAUAAGGAAACAUUUACAAAUGUUGUUGUAAAUACCGACGAAAGUGUCUUAGAAUUCAAGGCUCAGCUAUUUACCUUAUCAUGUGUACCAGUCGAGCGUCAAAAGAUUAUGUGUGCUGGAAAGACUCUUAAAGACGACGAGUGGAACAUCCCAUUGAAAAAUGGCGCUGUGAUUCUUUUAUUAGGAACAUCAGAAGAGAUCUUAGUGGCACCAGUUGAGAAAACGAAAUUUAUUGAGGAUAUGAGUGAAAGUGAGCUUGCUCAAGCUAUUGAACUGCCGCCAGGCUUAGUAAAUUUAGGCAAUACUUGUUAUUUAAAUGCUGUGGUUCAAUGUCUUCGAUCGGUUCCGGAGUUGCGUGAAUGUUUAAAAGAGUUUAAGCAAGAAGCUGGCUUUGCAGCACCGCAAUCAAUUACUCUUGCAAUGAAAGGUGUUUUCGACCAAAUGGAAAGAAGUGCAACGGUUACGCCAAUUAUGUUAUUGCAGACAUUACAUGCUGUAUUUCCACAAUUCGCUCAAACUGGCGAGAAAGGAACAUAUCGUCAACAAGAUGCAAAUGAAUGCUGGGUUGAAUUAUUAAAAAUGCUCCAACAAAAACUGCCGACUCGUAAUAGUGAAACAAGCACAACAUCGUAUCCAUCAUUUAUUGAGCAAUUUUUCGGCGGUACUUUUGACUGCUCUAUGAAAUGUACUGAAUCUGAAGACGAGGAACCGUCAAAGUUGAAGGAGAACUUUCUUCAAUUAAGCUGUUUUAUUAAUCAGGAAGUAAAAUAUAUGCACAGUGGUUUACGUUUACGCUUAAAUGAACAAAUAACAAAGCGCUCACCUACGCUCGAACGUGAUGCUAUUUAUACGAAACAGUCACUCAUUAGUCGAUUGCCAGCAUAUUUAACCAUUAAUUUUGUUAGAUUUCAAUAUAAAGGAAAGGAAGGUAUUAAUGCAAAGGUAUUAAAGGAUAUUAAAUUUCCACUCGAGUUUGAUGCUUUUGAUCUUUGUUCUCCCGAAUUGCAACAAAAAUUGAUUCCAAUGAGAACAAAGUUCAAGGAAAUUGAGGAUGCAGCUGUAAUAGAAAAGGAUCAAAUUAAGAUGAAAGGCGAUAAGGUUGAGGAGAAGAAGACACGAGCAUUGCAGUACUAUUUUGACGAGGAUUUAGGAAGCAAUAAUUCUGGCUUUUAUACAUUACAAGCUGUUUUGACUCAUCAAGGUCGAAGUUCAUCGUCUGGACAUUAUGUGGGCUGGGUUAGACAUAAAGGCGAUAAAUGGCAUAAAUUUGACGAUGACACAGUCACGCCAAUGGCUUCUGAUGAAAUUCUUCGCUUGUCUGGCGGUGGAGACUGGCAUGUUGCUUAUUUGCUUCUCUAUGGCCCAAAAAUCUGCAAUGAACCAAUCGAAGAAAGUAAGGAAGAGGCCACACCAAUGUCAGUCGAUUAAGCAUCAAACUUUUAUUAAUUUUUAUUGAUUUAAACAUUUGUAAUUUCAUUAAUAAAUCAUGUUUAUAAAAAGGUCCUCUAGUAUGACACAUGUGCAUUAGUAUUGAUGGUGUCUCACUAAAUGGCAUGCAAACUUUUUGGCAAAUAAACAAUUGUGUUUAAAUUAUUAGAUUUGGGGUUGUUCGGAGA